UGCACACGCAGGAUGUAUUGUCUACGUGUGCUUUUGCCACAGUCACCCAGGCUUCUGCGGAGGUGUUGCUAGAACAAACAUACAUCAUAGCUUUAAAAAAAUAUUCAGUAGAAGGGUUGUUUGCAAGAUUCCAUGGUGCCACUUCCCUCAGGCACGGCAUCAAGCUCCUUCUGUUUGCAUUGUAAAUGAAACUUAACCAACCUUAAAGAAAGCUGGUUGUCAAAAAUACCACUGCUGUGACUUUAUGGCCUUUCCUCACUUCAUGGACAUAGCCAUCAUUAUGUGCUCAGCGUCCUUUGCAAAAAUCUUCAGCUGCCCUCCAGCUCAAGGAGAAACGUUUCAGAUCCAGUGCUACCAGUGUGAGGAGAUGAAACACAAUGACUGCUCCACGCCUGAGUACAUUGUCAACUGCACCGUCAACGUGCAGGACAUGUGCCAGAAGGAGGUGCUUGUCAAACCUGAUGGGAUUCAUUAUCGGAAGUCAUGCGCAUCGUCCGCAGCGUGCCUCAUCGCUUCCUCUGGCUACCAGCAGUUCUGCACUGGGAGGCUGAACUCGGUCUGCAUUUCUUGCUGCAACACAGCACUCUGCAAUGGGGCCAAGAGGAAGCGGCCCGUUCCCUCGAUGGCAACGCAAGGGCCACAGAUCAGCGUCAUCCUCGCUCUCCUUCUGCUGAUUGUUUCUCAGGCGUAGACACUGCCUCCAUCACGUCGCAUGCAUGCUUGUUUGAUCAGAACCAUGGGAUUGUGGCUGGUUUUUAUUUGCUGGUUUUGUUACUGCACACAUCCAAAACGUACUUUAGGAACAUCCUGAACCCUGCCAGCGCCAGUGGGAAUCUCAGUGGACACACCUUCUCAAUCCCCUUCUGUACUGCGGACUAGAAUCCUCCACACUUUGUGUUUUGUGUGACAAAUAUGAGGUGGAAUUUUGCUCUGAUCAUUAUUUGUCACAGCUACUGUAUGUUUUAUGAAUUAUCUUUCAUGUUGUGUUUCUUCUAUACUUGCCAAAUGAAUGCACAAAAUGUACAUUAUCUUUUGGUAUAAUGGACACUGCCUAAAAUGCUGACUGUUUA